AUGGGUCCAGUCAUCGUUACAGCGAAGGUGUUCAUGCAGACUCUGUGGAGUCUCAAAGCAGACGACGGCAAAGCCUGGGGAUGGGAUCAACCUUUACCAUCCUCACUUACAACGUACUGGCAAAACUACUACUCGCAGUUACCUCUUCUGGAGCACCUUCGAGUUCCUCGAUGCAUUGUGCUACCCCAAUUCGAUACGAUACAACUGCAUCUGUUCUCUGACGCAUCGGAACACGCUUAUGGUGCUUGUGCAUACUUCCGGUCAACAGAUUCCUCUGGCGCCAUUUAUGUCGGUUUCCUGACAGCCAAAUCUAAAGUUGCCCCACUGAAGAAGCGUAGCAUACCAAGGCUUGAGCUUUGCGGAGCACUCGAAGCAGCUCAAUUAUACCACAAAAUAUCCUCAGCAUUCGGGCAAAAGUUUCAGACGUUUUUCUGGGUCGAUUCAACUUCUGUGCUCGCUUGGCUGAAGGCAAGCCCUUCUGUUUGGACAACAUUUGUCGCAAACCGCGUUUCCAAACUCCAGCUUUCGACAGAGGGUACAUCCUGGAAUCACGUCUCUGGUCAGCAAAACCCAGCUGAUCAUAUCUCGAGGGAUAUCGAUGCUCAAACGUUGAUUUCAUGUGAGCUAUGGUGGCAAGGACCAGAUUGGCUUCGCUCGAAUCAGUGGCAACCAUCAUCGUCGACAUCCUCCUUUGAAACCCAGUUAGAAUUCCGUACAUCGAGGCCCGCAGGUCUGAUGACCACAACCACAACGACAUUCCUCGACUCUUACAUAGAACGUUUUUUCAAAAUAUCAAACCAUGCUGCGCGUGACAGCAUUCUGCAUGCGAUUUUGCCACAAUUCUCGGAAGGGGCGACUCGGAAGUGCCAGGCUUUUCUUUCAACCACAGAAAUCCGUGAUGCUGAAACAACUCUCAUCUGGUGGGUUCAAGCUCAAGAGUUUCCAGAGUGCAUUGAAGCUCUGCGAGCUUCAAAAUCGAUCCCCGCCGAAUCCCGGCUUAGAUGGUUUACACCGUUUCUGGAUCCGAGCCAAAUAAUGCGCAUAGGAGGACGAAUUGACAGAUCGCCGCUAAACUACGAUGCUAGGCAUCAAAUUUUGCUUCCCUACAAUCAUCGUUUUUCCGCAUUAUUGGUCGAGUGUCUUCACGAAAGAAAUCUGCAUGCUGCUCCGCAAUUGCUCGUGGGAUUACUCCGCCUGAAGUACUGGACCAUAGGGGCCAGAAACCUGGCCAGAACCAUCGUCCAUCGCUGCCUAAUCUGCGUCCGAGCUCGCCCUAAAUUGGUGGAACAAUUUAUGGUGGAGCUGUCAAAGGAACGCAUAAGCGCAAGUCGUCCUUUUACGAUAACGGGAGUGGAUUACUGGGGCCCUAUUUUCCUGAAACCUCCGCAUCGUCGUUCAGCAUCCAUCAAAUCGUUUGUAGCAGUUUUCGUUUGCUUCAGCACAAAGGCCGUGCACAUUGAAAUGGUUUCGGACUUAACUACAGCGAAAUUCAUUCAGGCUCUGAGACGCUUCGUCUCGCGUCGGGGUCCACCUUCCGAUCUACAUAGCUACAAUGGCAGAAACUUUCUCGGUGCUAAAAACGAAUUGCACCGUCAUCUUCGCAAUCCAGAGUACAACGAGAAGGUAGCAAUUGAAUGUGCCGAUUGCAACAUCCGUUGGCAUUUCAAUCCACCGAGGGCAUCGCAUUUCGGCGGGCUAUGGGAGUCCGCCAUCAAUUCAGCACAAAAACACUUCGUCCGUGUGGUCCGGGACCGCGCUCUGGCAUACAUGCACACCCUAUUAUGCCAGAUAGAAUGCUGCCUUAAUUCACGGCCAAUCGUUGCCUUGAGUGACGAUCCUUCCGAUUUCGAACCGCUGACACCUGGUCACUUCCUGGUUGGUACAUCUCUUAAGGCGGUACCAGACGAAAAUCUAUCCGCAGACACGGUUCAUUAUCUGAAGAAGUGGCAACUCGUUCAGAAACUCUUCCAAGAUGUGUGGCGACGCUGGCACCUAGAAUAUUUGACAACGUUACAACACAGAGUUAAAUGGUGCAACCCACCUUUUACGAUACGGGAGAACCAGCUUGUCCUAUUGAAGGAAGAAGGAAUUCCACCGAUUCGUUGGCCGACAGCUAGGAUCUCAAAAAUCCAUCCAGGGGCUGAUGGAAUCACUAGAGUGGUAACACUUAAAACUCCCAAGGGCUCGUGCACUAGACCGGUGGCGAAAAUUUGCCUGUUGCCGAUUACAUCAGCAUCGGAGGAAUAA